AUGACGGCACCAAAGCCCUUGACUACAGGCGGUGAUCCUUUAAUCAAGACAGCGCUUUCCAUCCUCGCAGACCAGUAUGUAGGCGAAUACAUCAACCCUGCAUCAUAUGCCAAACGUUCGGUUGAAGAACGCAGAGAUAAGGCAGAGAAAGACGGGGGGAAAAUCACACGACCAUUGAAUUCAUAUAUGCUGUAUCGCAAAGCAUAUCAGCAAAUUGCUCGGCGGGUACUCAGCAAUGACCAACAACAGUUUGCUUCGCAAAUUGUUGGCAUAUCCUGGAACGAAUACGAGUCUCCAGCUGUGAAGGCCGAGUUCAAGACUCUGGCCAAAAUCGAUCACCAAAUGCAUCACAAAGCAUUUCCAGACUACAAAUACACUCCCACCCAAGGCAGAAACUCGAGGGGUAGUGCAACGGAGUCAAAGAAAUUGUCAAGUUCAAUGGAGCGACGACUAUGCCGACGGACUGGUGGCAAAGCAGGAGCCCAUGUGAGCUCUGGGAAGAAGGUUAUGCGCUCGGGCAAUACAGACGCGUUGGGGCAACACUCAUCUGGUGAAGGCAACGUCAAUUUCAACUGGUGGCAUCAGGAGAUGCCAAGCUUCACGGCUCCAUUAAUGCACCACAGUGGACCGCAAGAGCGCUAUGAACAGUGCUUAAUGCCGGAUUCCACGUAUUUCGGGGCUCAAUAUUCUGACGUCCUUGAUGAUAACACUUUCAAUCAUUUACCAAGGCAGGCAGUACAACUAGCUGCAAGUCCGCCUGAGGGUCUGAACUUGGAUUCUUGCAUUGACCCGUCACUGUUUACCAGAUUCGAGAACAUCAACGUAUCCCAAAGUGGUACAAGAUAUAUGGAAUGGCAGCCCCAAGGGGCACUUGGGGCACCUAUGAACCAUGACUUUCACUCAACAACGCCAGAUAUGGGCAUGAGACAGCAAACAGAUCCGGCAUAUGAAGGGCAGGAGGAGUGGUCUGUGCAGCACAGUGACGAUCGCCGGAAUACCUUUGGUUGGCAUACUAUUGGCGAAAACAGAAACGGAUAA